CGAUUCUAGUGAAUCGACUCUGUCCCUAUAAAAACCCACUGCAACGUACACUCAUCCUUCUCAAAAGCAUACCAACCUCCCCACAGUCUACCGGCUUGAACCACAGCUAUGAACCAAGUUCUACUCGUCAGUUUGUGUGCCCUAUUGGGUCUGAGCAACGCUGCGACUCUGUCCAGCGGCCGGAUCGUAGGCGGAUUCCAGAUCGACAUCGCCGAAGUUCCGCAUCAGGUAUCGCUGCAACGCAGCGGAUACCAUUUCUGCGGAGGAUCGAUCAUCUCACCACGAUGGGUACUGACGGCAGCGCACUGUACCGCCAACAGGGAUCCGACCGCCUACACUGUCCGGGCCGGUUCUAGCGAUCGUACCGACGGUGGAGUCGUGGUCAACGUCAUUUCGGUGAAUCCUCACCCGGAGUAUGACGGCGAUAACUACAACUACGACUUCUCGCUGUUGGAGUUGGCCGAAAGUAUUGGAUUCAGCCGUUCGAUUGAGGCUAUCGCACUGCCGGAAACCGACGAAGCCGUGGAAGAUGGAGUGAUGUGCACGGUUUCCGGUUGGGGAGACACCAAGAACUUUCUGGAAACGGACAGACUGUUGCGCGCCGCCAACGUGCCUUCGUACAAUCAGGAGCAGUGCGCCAAGGCUCUGGAAAAAGUCGUUCCGGUGACGGAACAGAUGAUCUGUGCCGGAUACGAAGCCGGCGGUAAGGAUUCCUGCCAGGGUGACUCCGGUGGCCCGCUGGUCGCCGACGGUAAGCUGAUCGGAGUCGUUUCCUGGGGCAAGGGUUGCGCACUGCCAAAACUUCCGGGAGUGUACGCUCGAGUGUCCGCCGCUCGCGAAUGGAUCCGAGAGGUUGCCCAGGUUUAAGGUGUUUCGAAAAUAGACGGAAAAAAAAACUG